AUGGUUGACGAGCUCAGCGUCGACGAACUCAAAUCACUGAUAGAUUUAAAGACACAGACGAACACUGAUGUUCUUGGUGAAGGCCGAGAACGAGUCCAGCUGCGUCCCUCCUUUGACGACGAUGCUGCCGAUAUUGCGCUACAUAGCAAAGUCGCGAGCAUCCAGACUCCAGUCGCAACUACUCCAUCGGAAUCUCAAGAUCCUGAGGCAUUCUUCGGAGAAUCAUCAACUUUUGCCUUUGUUUCCAAGGUUCAAACGAGUUCUGCACCUCGGCAAGCUCUUGCGUCAGGGAACAAACGCCGACGCCUUUCAAGCUCAAGGAGCUCUCAAACUCACAGCCUCGAUCCGGGCCUCACUCCUAGGGACUGCGAAGACUCGUACGAACUACCUCCAAGAGACCUGGCCGACAGUCUUGUUGACUUAUAUUUCAACCACGUACAUCGUCUCUACCCCUUUGUCCACGAACCAAGCUUCAGAACUCAAUACGAGCGCAUGUGGAUCAACGACGGGGAUCAUUCUGACACGAAAGCCACCUGGCUCGCACUGCUCAACCUCAUUUUCGCACAUGCAUGCGAAUUUCACGAUCCAAUUCAAGAUAGAAAUGCCUCGAAUUCGGCAACACGCUUCCUAGUGAGAGCUCGAAACAUCGUGUUCGCUCACAUCUUCAAAGAGGGUAACUUGGAGCUUGUUCAAGCGCUGCUUUUGAUGUGUCACUAUCUUCAAGGCACCUUGGAAUUGACCGAGUGCUGGAGCUUAAGUGGACUAAUGAUCAGAACCUCUAUUAGCAUUGGACUCCAUCUCAACCCUUCUACAGCUAUGUCAGCAGUUGAAAGAGAGGUCAGAAAGCGUGUAUGGUGGGGUUGUUUCGUUAUUGAUCGCACUUUGAGCAUGAAGUUUGGCAGGCCACCUUCAAUUCCCACUGGAAAUGCGUCCGAUGUUGAGCUGCCGUUGCCGGUGGACGAUCAAUAUAUCUUGAAUGACUCAGUCAUUCCUCGGCAGCCCGCAAGCCGUCCAUCUCUGACAUCCUUCUUCAUCCAGACAAUCAAACUUGCACACAUCAUCGACAGAGUUCUUCUCAAACUCUACUCGUCAGCGGCGAAACCACGGAAUUCGACAACAAAUCAGUCUCCAAACAAAUAUGACCAUUUCCCAGAAAUCUUCGGUCACUCUGUUCUUCUGGAUGGAGAACUGUUGUCUUGGUGGAAUGGUAUCCCAUCUCAUCUGAAAGAGGAACCGGUGUACCCGGACGGCCCUGAUUUCCAGCGACAACGUAAUGUCAUGUACAUUCGGUUUUUGAAUGUUCGUCUACUGCUACAUCGCCAAUCAUUUCUUAUCUUCAGUCGACAAGACAUCGAGGACAGUUUCCACAGAGACGUUGCAAUUGCUUCAUGCAACCGUUGUAUCUUGGCUGCCCGCGAGACUAUCAAGCUGAUCUAUGCUCAAUAUCGUAGGCGGCUGCUGAAUUCUCUGUGGUACAAUCUUCACUAUGUUUUUACUGCGAUUGGAGUUCUCUUGACGCUACAAACCAUGGAAAGAUGGAAGCUGGAAGCUCUAGGGCAAAUCAGAACGGACGAAACACUAGAAUUGGGCAUGGAAUUCUUGAAGGCGGCCAGCGGUACGAGUACACUUGCGGCCAGAUACCUGAUUCUCCUUGAGCGCAUUCAAACUCAAACGAGUGGCCGCGAGACACCUCUUCCGGGCCAAGUGUCCGAUCAAGGCUACACGACUCAACAUCAAUCGGAUAAUUCAGAUCCGGCAUUGUUGUCGGCAGACAGAACUCCUUGGCAACGACCACAAGACGAAGCUCAGUUGAAUCUCAGCUCGGACCUUUUCGACUUCGACGACUUGCUCUUUGGGACGGGUCUCCCGAGAGACCUGCUCUCCGCUGAUUGGUCGGGCUUUGAAGCUCUAUGA